AUGCAGCUCUUCCAGACUCUCCUUGCCGGCGCGGCUCUCAUUGCCGCCGUUGCUGCUGAAGGUCCCGCUUUCACCACAUUCCCCAAGGACUCGAGGGUUGGCGAGCCCAUUACGGUGACCUGGGCUGGAGGCGACCCUAGCGCUCGCAAAAAGACAGAUAUUAACAUGAUAGCAGCCCAUGCAACUGGCGGCUCCUGCACCUUCACUCUGCCUUCAUCCCUCCCCUCAGGCCCCGACUAUGCUCUCCAGAUCAAGCAGGGUGACAAAGUCAACUACACCGGCCUCUUCAGUAUCACUGGCGGCCACGGCACUCCAUCGUCUGCCCCUGCUUCCACCACUACUGCCGCUCCUUCGUCUAGCUCUUCUGGAGAGCCCUCAAAGCCAGUAACCAAGCCAGCUGUUACCUCCACCCCUCAUGCCAGCAUGACCAUGUCCAACUCUGCCAACCAUACCACCAUGACCACCAUGUCUUCGCAAACCCUCACUUCCCAGUCCGAGAGCGCUACUCUCACUCCAAGUGCUACUCCAACUGGAAACGCAGCCUCUUUGACCGCCCUGUCCAGCCCGCUCGCGCUCAUCAUGGCUGGUCUCGUCGCCUUCGCUUACCUCAACUAA